UAGAUACGCGUGCGUCGGCGCCUCAUACCUUUGACAUGAAUUCCGGGCUUCUUUCGAUAUCAAAUAAAUAUAUCAAAAAAGUUAUAUAAACAAUUUUCGUUAACUUGAUACAUAUAAAUAGUUAUAUACAUAUAUUAGAGCAGAGCAGAGCAGAUGGCAGCAUAUAGAGGAGAUGAUGAUUACGAUUAUUUGUUCAAAGUGGUAUUGAUCGGGGAUUCAGGCGUCGGGAAAUCGAAUUUGUUAUCACGAUUCACUCGUAAUGAGUUCAGUCUCGAAUCUAAAUCAACAAUUGGUGUUGAAUUUGCUACUAGAAGUAUUCGUGUUGAUGAUAAAGUCAUCAAAGCUCAGAUUUGGGAUACUGCUGGUCAAGAAAGGUACCGUGCAAUCACAAGUGCAUACUAUAGAGGAGCUGUUGGUGCAUUACUCGUCUAUGACACAACACGCCAUGUCACCUUUGAGAACGUUGCGAGAUGGUUGAAAGAGCUCAGAGACCACAGUGACUCGAACAUUGUGAUAAUGCUAGUAGGAAACAAGGCAGACUUGCGUCACUUACGUGCAGUUUCCACUGAGGAUGCAAAGGCUUAUGCUGAAAAGGAAAACACUUAUUUUAUGGAGACAUCAGCUCUGGAGUCCCUAAAUGUUGAAAAUGCUUUCACUGAGGUUCUUACCCAAAUCUACCACGUGGUUAGCCGAAAAGCACUUGACAUUGGGAACGAUGCUGGAGAAUUGCCUAAAGGUCAAACCAUUAAUGUCGGGUCAAAAGAUGAUGUUUCUGCAAUGAAGAAAGUUGGUUGCUGUUCUACUUGAACUACAAUACUUAAAGAUCAAGAUUUUUGAAGUUUCUGCUAUUUCUAGCGCAUGGAGUGACUAUGAAGUCUUUUAAGAAAAGUAGAUCAGGCUACUGGUGAUUCUUCAAGUUUUUAUGGUUUUUUUGUAUUAUUUUUUUAUCUUUUUUUUUACCUGUAGUGGAUUGUGUGUUAUAUAUUUGGGUGCCCGUUCUUUUAGAUUUGAAGCAAUAUUUCUAUUUUGACAUUAUAUUUAGUAGAUUGGGAUUUUGGUUCA